GGUAUUCAUGUAUAAAUGAUAAUUAUUUUAAUGCAAGAUCAUCAGAAAUGGCUGAAAAUGAUGGCACAGCCCACACAGCUCCAGGGCCAGACCUGCUGAGCUCCGCCCCCGUCACCCAGCCCUUCCCUCGCUCCCCGAAAACACAGCGUAAAGCAGCCGCCGCCACAGCCGAGUACACACAGGAGCAGUUGUCGGGGCUGCUGGAGGAGCUGGAGAACGACAGCAGGAAGACAGAAGCUCGAAUGGCAUCUCUGAAGAAACGCCAUGUCAACCUGACUGUGAGUGCGGGGGAUAUUGAGCAGCAGGUACGCGAGCGGUUCGACGGGAUGCGUCUGGCUUUAGAAAAGGAUGAGCAGGCAGUUCUGGCCAUGCUGGAACAAGACCACAGGGAGAACAGCAGUAAACUGACCCGGUUCCUGCAGGACUGGACUCAGCACCACAGACUGGUCCGUAAACACAUCGGCAGCAUCAGGAAGCUGCAGGAGAACAGCUCUGACAGCAACCAGCCGGUCUCAGCUGAGGAUUUCAGCUGCCAGAAGAAGCCGGACGCAGCUGAAGAGGCCAUAAAGCUUAACGAGGAGAAAUUCCAGAAGCUCAUGAAGGCUUUAGGGAAGAUCUCCAAAGAGCUGGAGGCCCAACUACAGAGAAAGAGGCUGCUGCUGGACUCCACAGGUGUGGUGAUUGACAGGACAACCAGCCACAGACAGAUCAAGGUGUCUCCAAGAGGACAUGUCCUGCACAUCUCCGCAGAGGACAGUUCAGCUCCUCAUCACCCGCAGCAGUUUGAUCAGGUCUACUGUGCCCUGGGCUCCGUUCCAAUAACAGCAGGUCAGCACUACUGGGAGGUAGAUGUUCACUGCUGCUCGGACUGGGCAGUGGGCGUGGCUUAUGGCAGCCUGAACAGGAAAGGGCAGGACAAAAGCACCAAACUGGGCAGGAACAGGAUGUCCUGGUGUCUGGAGUUCAAGGACGGACAUCUCUCAGCCUGGCACAACGACCGGCACGUGGCGCUGUCUGGCAGGGCAGGGCGGGGGGCACCGGACAGGGUGGGGGUCUACGUGAACUACCAGAAGGGUCGCGUGGUGUUCUACGAUGCUGAAACCGUGAAAGUGCUGCAGGAGUUCUCAGCAGCUUCUACAGCCGUGUUCGAGAGAGCCUAUCACCAGUUCACCGAGCCGCUGUUUCCAGCAUUUCGCUUCUUUAAAGCGAGAGAUGGACAAAGUGUAUCAGAUCACAUCGAAAUCUGUGAUCUCUAAUCAAUUACCACUAAGGUUAUGUUCACAUUACCAGGCUGGAGUGAAAUCAGAUUUGAGUCACUUUCAUAUGUGGUCUUAAAUCAGAUACGUAUCCGAUUCACGGACAUGCGACAUGAAUGUGAACGGUCAAAUCAAAUCAGAAUUCAUGCGUCUUUUUGCUUUUACACAUUAGCAUUAGCAUUAGCAUUAGCGCUGCGUGCUUCUCUCUCGUACCCACAAACACAUCUCUUGGUGCAGCUGUGCAGCUAUAGCUACAAAAAAAAAAAAAAAAACAGCAAAAGCAAACCGCCUGGCCUUUUUUCACCUCCUGGACCUGAGCAAGAACUACAGAGCAGCUGUUUCCUGUUUCUCCACUCCAGCAAAAGAUGCUCCACAUAUGAGCUGCUAACUCAUCCAUUUCCCUUUAUAAAGCUACGAGUCUCUCGUCUCUCUAAUAUGAGGGUUUUUGUUGUUGGUGAAGAAGGAGAUGUUUAUACAGGUAUCAAUGUGCAGCAUGUGAGAUGUUUCAGGAACAGAUUCGUUCACAUUACACACAGAUACAGAUCACUUACAUGUGAUUUUAAAGAAAAGUUAAAAAAAAAAAAAAAAAACCUUACCUGAAGUCGAUGUCCAACAGUAAACUCUUCAUGGGGUCACUACUCUUGUUCUCUGAGCUUUGCACCUUGAUCAGUUCAUGUAAUCUGUAAAUAGGGAAUAAUUGGUUAUGUAAAUUUCAAGUUUUUUUUUUUUUUUCAAGUUUUACGGUAAACACUGGUUCAUAGAUCUUGAGGAUGCAGCUGCGCACUGCUCGAUUGUAUCUUUAAAAAUAUUAUUUCAUCAUUUUUUUGUGUUAUUUCUGCCUUGUCAUGCUGACACACCCACUUUCUGUAUUAAUUGUUGCACGUAUAUUCACAAAUUAACAUCUAAAAGCCAAUGAAUGAUGUGAACUCACUGUGUGUCUUGUUUUUAUAAAGGUGAACUAUCUGUCACAUAUUUUCUCAACUUCAUGCUAAAAAAAAUAUACAGAUUUCUUCCUAUUGUAUUCUACAAAUAGAAAGGUUUAAUGUUUUAAUGUUAACUAAACUGUAAAAUCUGUACACAACGGUAAAAUAUUCCAUAUUACAAAAGCCACACUGAAUAAAUAUUACAGUAUCACAUAUUCCCUAGAUUUGACUGUA